UCGAAUGUUUGCCAAGAGAGGAGAGAUAGUUCCGUUGCAACAUCCACCCUGGUGUCGACUGUCAGUUAUCAAUCUUACACCACAAGCUGUGGAUUAUUUGGUUGGGCACGUUGCAGGAGAUCUAGGUUAAUUAUCUUCACUGAAGCACCCAAGGAAACAAAUAAAUUUUCAACAUAGGGUCUUUCAGAACCAUUCUUUUACUUUUUUUUUUUGGAAACUCUAUUUGUGACUUCCUUUUUUGCCUUCCUUUACUGGUCAUUUUUUGUCUAAUUAAGAUCUGCACCCUUUUCUUAAACUUUCUGAGAGCAAUCUUCCGGCGCCUUCGAACUUAAGUUCAACACCUUCACGGCACGGUGUCUCUCUCCACUCAGAAAUUCAAAUUAGUACAAGCAAAAUGAAACCGUACAAGCAAAAAGAAACCGAGAAAAUGCCAGGGGUAACCUACGAUGAACGGGAAUCUCAUUUAGUGUAGAACAAGAAAUCCGUUCACAAGUAAAAACCCUUAUUGUAUAUGGGUGCUUUGUAUUUUUCAGAACUGUAACCGGCUACAGAUGGAAGACAAUCUACCGUUGGACAACUGAUACAUACCUGAGGUGCUGCAGUGGAUGGGCAAAAAGUGGAAGUAGUUGCCCAAGAGGUUAGAUUAAAGAGAGGUUCAAGUUAAGAAGAAUCUGAUAUCAAAUCACCGGUGAUUUCAAAAGAACGGGGAGAAAUCAAAAUUACCCAAUUUUGUGAGAUGAAUCUGAGUCACGAGAAAAUGUUAUAUAUAACAAAAUUUGGUGUUAUCAACUGAGAAAGUAAAAUGGCCACCGUAAAGAGUUUUAAACGCUAACGUUUCCAGCGUUAACCGCUUUUGAUAUACUAUACUCUAUGGCUGGGUCGUUCAAAGUAUGAUUAGGCUAACCGAAGGUUAGCCGAAAAUUUUUUACAGUUUCGUUGCUUUGCAGGCAGUUUUCAGUGUAUGUAUUUUUUUCCUUAAGUUUCGUCUUAGGUUAAGGUAUAACUACACGAAACGUAAGCCUUAAGAUAUACGCUUUCUUGCAAGGGAAAUCAAGAACACUUUCAAGUUUUAAUACUGGAUUAUCGCUGACUGCCUUUCGAACAACUGAGUCCAGGAGCACACUUAAUCCAUACGUCAUGAACAAGUAAUAUAGAUUUUCUCAACGACAGAUCACAAGGGUUGCAUUGGAUGGACAGAUUACUUUGUUCAUUCCAAUCACAAGGCGGUUGCCUCAGGGGAAUGUUCUUGGAUCUUGUUUGCUUUUAAUUUUGUUACAUGACAUUAAUACACUCCUUCCGUAGUGGUGAUGGUGAAGACUUUUGCGCUUAAAGAGUCCAGUAUGGCGAAUGCCAUACUGGACUCUUUAAACAAAAACAAUAAUAAAUCUAACCAACUUUCAAGAAAAAUUUUCACAUAAAUAGUCAACAUAACUUGAUUCUCCGGCGCUCGAUACCUACAGUUGCGAGAUAUAGAGAUGCCUUUUUUUUAUUUUCUUUUCUGCUGUUUAUUUGUUAGGUACGUUUUAGUAAGCAGGAAUGUAGAAUGUAGGUAUAGGGAUGUAGAGGUAGGAAGCUAAUUGGUAACGUAGCUACAGAAAUGGGAAUGAACAGUUUCUUCUUUUUGUGUUUCACUAGCGAUCUGCAAUUCCGGCUGCAACAACGGGGGAACUUGUUAUUAUCCGAACAGUUGCAGGUGUACAUCCUAUUGGACAGGAUCUACUUGUAGUGCAGGUAAAGAAAAUUCAAACAGACAGAGAAACGUAAGAACAAUAAAUCACAAACGCAGUCACUUACUUUUUGUGUGUAACAAGUUAGCGAUAUGUAAAUAUUAUUUCUAAAUAAUGAAAUAAUAAUUUACCUCCCUGAUCGAGCUGAAACUUGUUAGUCAGUGGCAAACUAUUCUCUCCGUCUACUUUCGACAGAUGUAAACGAAUGCUCUUCAAACAAUGGAGGUUGUCAGCAUAUAUGUAACAACAGGAGAGGGGCAUCAAGAACUUGCUCUUGUUACAGAGGGUAUAAUAGAAGUCCAAACGAUAGCAAGGAGUGCGUUGGUAAGAGUCAGGUUCCGGUCAUUUCUUAAAUUUGGUGGUCUGAUUUCCCACCUAAUUGUGCCAAUAACAAAAUAUUAUCAUAUAAAAUACGGUGUUAUACAAGGAUUUCCAGCCCCGAGAAAGACCGUAACAACACACGUGAUGAAAUACGUUUUUUUUUCACGUGAGUUUGAUAUCGCCAAUCAGCUGCUGACACGUCACUCGCCUUUCGCGCCUCUCGGUCAGGUUAUUGAAUGAACGGCAAAGCAUUCACCAUUCUCAAUCCAAGGUCGUUUGUCGGAAUGUUUUUGGGAUUGUGGCUGCCGAAAAUGAUGAAAAAUCUGUAUCGCUUACAGACAGUGACGUUCAAACUUUCCCAGAAGGGGAAGGAAACCAAAACACGAAAGGAAAAACCGAACGUUACGUGGUCAGUGGCUUUGGUAAUGGCAUUUCUCGCGGCUGAGAACGAAAAUCGACAAUUGUAAGAUUUGCCACAGGCCGAUUUUGGCCGUGUACCUGAAAGACUUCUUUCGGUAAGGACCAAUUCAAUAACUGAGAAUUUUUUAUAUUGAGUUAGGCCCAUUGUUUGUUUUUUUAGUUAGCAUGUUUUCGUCUUAAGUGUGUCAACGCACUUUAAGAGUUUUAUUCGGGGAUUGUCGAUCUUUUAUUUUCAUUUAUUGACAAAGUUGACUUUUCUAGUCAGUAAAGGGCUAUAUGAAAUUUCCCCUCUCGUGUUGGACGAGGUCCCACUCGUGAGCUAUCGAGUUAAACACUCGAAGAGGAAUUCCAUAUCUACGCGCCCCUAUGUAUUAUUCUCUAUUUCCUUAAUGAGCGGCUCUCAAAAUCCUAUUAUUGAGGAGUUAGGGGGGAUACAUGGUUUUUGUUAAUAAGAAUAUUACAGAGCCUUGUGGCCCUAUGCCAGCCAAUAAAAGAUACACUUUUUAAAAGUGAGCGUUGCAUAUUUUGAACAAUAUUGUGACUGGAAAGUUGAACGUCAGCUAAAUAUGUAGCAAUCAGAGGCAAACAUCCUCUUACAUUCUUGGGUUUCACGCAUUUUGUUAUUGAAACAAUUAGUUGGUGAUGGAACUUCUUUUCAAACAAUUCAGGGGGAAUUAUGCUCGCAAUUUCAAAUCACUCGCCCAACUACUCCCUUUGUUUCAUCCGUUUUCAAAUCACGUAUGAUCCUUGCAAUCUGAUUGGUUAUCACCGUAGUAUUUAUUAACAAAUCGCACCAUUUUAUGCUCUAAAACGCAUCUUUUUCCAAGCCAAUGAGACAGCUUUGCUAAAACACAACAACCAACCAAAUUUCAAGGCUAGUUUAUAAAAAUCAAUCAAAUUGCAGGAAGUGAGAGACAACUUUUUACAAAACCAGCUCAGUAGAAUGAAUUGAUGAAAUACUUUCACAUACCUAAAAAACUUGUAUUUGAGCGAAUUAAUGGUGCGUUUUCAAAACAGACGCAAUAAAGUGGUAAUUAAACUACGUGUCUUGCAAUUUUGGUCUGAAAUCGUAUGAUUUCAAAUCAAACUCGCGCUGCGCGCUCAUUUGAUUUCGGACCAAAUUGCACUCCACUCAAUUCAAGUACGAUUAUUAAUACACUCCACUGUGGCUUAACCUAACCACUUGUCCUGUUGUGUCCGACAGAUAGAAACGAAUGCAUUAGGUCGCACGCCUGCACUUGCGCUUCUGGGUCUUAUUCAUGUGGACAAUCAUGCAGGAAUACUCCUGGAAGUUAUCAUUGUACAUGUGGAAAAGGUUUUACACUGCAGAGUGGCACAGUGUGCACAGGUAUGAUAAAUCCAUGCGCAUUAGAGUAGCUGUAAAAUUAGACGUCGUUAUCAAUUGCAGAAAUGUUAAUUAAAAAACAGUUUUGAUGGAAAGAAUGGACUUAUUUUUUGAACAAAAAUUCUAGAGGUGAUGGAUAUUUGCAAAAGUAGCGAAUAAAAGAUCUUUUUGUCGGUCUUAUUACAAUUUUUUACAUGAAAUAAACGAAUUCCUGAUUACUUCUAUGUGCUAAAACUGUAAUUGAAUUUCUUUCUACACAUUGCAGAUAUCAACGAAUGCGCCGUAAGAAAUGGAGGCUGCACUCACCAAUGUGUGAACUUUCCUGGCUACCACAAAUGCAACUGUCGAAGGGGUUUUCGCCUCGUGAACAGUAAAUCUUGUAGAGGUACUUAAGCAAGUAAAUUAUGGAAUAAAAUAUUGAAUUUAAGGCUCGUUGAAAUUUAAUUUUCCUUACAUGCUUUAAUUGCAAUUCAUCUGAAGGAAACUUCAGCUAUCUUGUCAAUUUUUUUCCCUCAUAGAUAUAAAUGAGUGUGCUAGCAACAACGGAAAUUGCCAACACAACUGUAGAAAUCUGUUCGGCAGCCACCGCUGUAACUGCGAUGAGGGAUUUAAUUUAGAUAGCAAUGGAAGAACCUGCUCAGGUACUACUAACCAUAGAUGACCAUUUUAAGAACACCUGGCUUUAAACACCGUAUUGUGAACCAACAAGUCAGUAAGCGAUAUGAUUUUAAAGUAAGGCAUCAAGAUUUAACAAUGUAUUAUCCUGUUUUCUACAUAAACCCUCCGUGGAUUCCAUAUCCACUGUAUUAUAUCGUAGUGCACGUUUUGCUCUUAUCCAGUUGGCGGCGUUGCCUACUUUUGUAAUUUUGCGCGCAUGCAAUAGUCGUAAGCGCGUAAAAACCACAGCCUUCCGGAAAGAAGAAGAUUUCACUACACUUAAUUCCUUUAGGGUGUUUUAAAACGAAUGUUUUGUCGGAUUUGCGUACAUGCCCGAUUUCAUUGAGAAAUCAAGACCGUAACUCAGUAAAUGGGUGCAUUCUAUAAGUUUUGCGUCGAAGAGCUUAUGUACUCGUGAAGGAGAGUGAUUCGGAGAACGAUACUUGAUGGGAUUAUAUAUAUUUAGAGAAAAUCUGGAAGUUAAGAUCUAUAUUACCUGUAAGUACUGAUGUGACCUGCUAUAAAAAAACUAUGGUGGAAUAUCCAGUAGACAUAUCUCAUAACAGUUUUGAGAGGAAGAGGAUCGUGGGUACAUAACAGGAGCAAUGUACUUUUCAAAACAUUCUGCCCUCAUUUUUAAUUGUUUAUUGUGUUCAUUCAUUCAUUCAUUCAUUCUUUUUAUGCUAUUAAGACAUUGACGAAUGCAACACAGGCCAUGACUGUCAAGAGAUUUGCAUUAAUACUCUUGGUGGAUACAAGUGCUCUUGUAAUGAGGGAUAUCAAUUAACGGCUGAUAACAGAACAUGCACAGGUAUGUUUCCAAAUCAACAUCCCCUCUGAGAUAAAAAAAAACCUUGUAACUGAAAACGGUAUCAUCCAUUUGACGUGUAAAUUUGAUCACAUAUAUUUUAUGGACAUAAAUAAUCUUUUGUAAGAAGAUAAAGUAUUCCUUGAGCAAAUCUCUCGUAAAAAUGAGCUUCGACGAAUGGUUGAUAGCUUCUAGCGUGCUUUCAAGCCAGAAGGAGGCUAUAUGUCGUGUUUAUUUUCCUUCAAAAAGUUUUCAGCAGCGCAGAAGAAAACGGCCUAGAAACAGUUUACCGUCUAAAGUCAGUGCGACUUUUAAAAGGAUUUCUCUUCUUCAGUAACAAAAGAAGCUGCUCUCCAAAAAUGAAGAACAUCUCAUUUGGAGACUUAAAUCACAUGGUUUUUGAAAUUAAAAAUCUGGGUUGUAUCACUUUGGAAAUAUAUAUAUGUUAUGCGAUGGUUUGAAGCGGUCGUUACGUAUUGGAAAAAAAUCUUCUUUAACAAUUUCUCUUAGAUAUCGACGAGUGCACCUCUAGUAACAUCACUGGAAGUAACGAAACAGCCACUCUUUCUGGUUGUCAUCACUUUUGUACGAACGUCGAGGGAAGUUUCCAUUGUUCCUGUAGGAAUGGAUAUGUACUGAUGUACGACAAGAGACAAUGUAAAGGUUAGUGAUACAAAUGUAACUACACAACGAGGAGUUGAAAGGGAUUGAAAGGGUUUUUUUGGUUAUGAAAAAAAAUGUCCAUAGGUUUCCCACCAACUAAAUUUUAUCCUUUAGGGCUAAUAACAAAUGCUUCAAUUUUGUUUGAUCUGCAUUAAGAUAUUGACGAAUGCCAGACUGGAAACCAUUCCUGUGACCAUAACUGCCUCAACUCGGAGGGGAGCUACUUUUGUUCAUGUAGACCUGGCUACAAAUUGUCAUCAGACGGGAGAAAGUGUGAAGGUUCGUAUUCAAGUACGAUGUAA